CCCCCCCUGAGGACAGAACAAGCAGACUGAGGUGCAUUCACAAACGUGAGGACUUGAUCAUAUCAGGCAAAAUGGUGAAGAUUGGAAUCAACGGAUUUGGACGUAUCGGCCGUCUGGUGACCCGCGCCGCCGCCAUCGGAGGCAAGGUCGAGGUCGUGGCCAUCAACGAUCCCUUCAUCGACCUGGACUACAUGGUCUACAUGUUCAAGUAUGACUCCACUCACGGUGUGUUCAAGCACGGAGAGGUGAAGGCCGAGGGCGGCAAGCUGGUCAUCGGCAACAUGCACAUCGCCAUCUUCAACGAGAGAGACCCGGCCAACAUCAAAUGGGGCGAUGCUGGAGUCGACUACGUUGUGGAGUCCACCGGUGUGUUCACCACCAUCGAGAAGGCUUCUGCUCAUCUGCAGGGCGGUGCUAAGAGGGUGGUGAUCUCUGCCCCCAGCGCCGACGCUCCCAUGUUCGUUAUGGGCGUCAACCACGAGAAGUACGACAACUCCAUGAAGGUUGUCAGCAACGCUUCCUGCACAACCAAUUGCCUGGCUCCCCUGGCCAAGGUUAUCAACGACAACUUCGGCAUCGUUGAGGGUCUCAUGAGCACUGUCCACGCCAUCACCGCCACACAGAAGACCGUUGAUGGUCCCUCUGGUAAGCUGUGGAGGGACGGACGCGGAGCCUCCCAGAACAUCAUCCCCGCCUCCACCGGAGCCGCCAAGGCUGUGGGAAAGGUCGUCCCCGAGCUGAACGGUAAACUGACCGGUAUGGCUUUCCGUGUUCCCACCCCCAACGUGUCCGUUGUUGACCUGACUGUCCGCCUGGAGAAGCCCGCCAAGUACGACGACAUCAAGAAGGUCAUCAAGGCCGCCUCUGAGGGACCCAUGAAGGGAAUCCUGGGAUACACAGAGGACCAGGUUGUGUCCACAGACUUCAACAGCGACGUUCGCUCCUCCAUCUUCGACGCCGGCGCCGGCAUCGCACUCAACGACCACUUCGUCAAGCUGGUCUCAUGGUACGACAAUGAGUUCGGCUACAGCAACCGUGUGUGCGACCUGGUCCAGCACAUGUUCACCAAGGAGUAAAAUAACGUCUCCUCAACUUCAUCGCUCUUCUACCAUGAUGCAGUGUCCCCUUCCCAUGAUUCCCCUUUUCCCCUUCACCUGUAACUGGAUGCCACGCCAUCCUUUCCCCCGGGCGCAAACUCAUCUACAUCAAACAUCUAGCUGAUUGAUGAUAUGAUGAUGAUGAUAAGUCUUUUUAUAUGAUUAAGUCACCUCUGUUUCGGUCCAGCAGUGAGGGCUGCAGCAGGCGUCGUUUGCUGCAGAUGUACAGAUGUUCUUCCAUCACUGAACUGUUUUGGACUAAAUGGUGGUUGUUGCACUCCACAUGCACAGUGGCUCCUUUGCACUUAACAUGAAAAUAAAGUCAU